UCGUUGUGAUUGACUUUGGUGGUUGUUUGGAUUUCUUCAAUUUCUUUUAUAUUUAAAAAGUGCUAGCAAUGGCUAUACCAGACUAUAAACUUAGUACUGUUUUGAGUGGUCAUUCUAUGGACGUUCGAUGUGUUGCAACAACAAAAGAAUUCUGUAUAUUAACCGCUUCUCGCGAUAGAACCGCUAAAUUGUGGCACCCGGAAGGCUUAAAAGACUUUGUAAACGUAGUAACUUAUAAGGGACACAAUAACUUUGUGUCUUGUGUAUGUUGGUUGCCGCCGUGUGAGGCAUUCCCUGAAGGUUUAGUUAUAACUGGAAGUAAUGACAAUACAAUACUGGGCUAUAAUUUACAAGAUGGAGCCGUUCAGAUGCACUUAAAGGGUCAUGAGAAUGCUGUAUGCAGUGUUACUCCAGGACAUGAUUCUGGAGCUCUAAUAAGCUCAAGCUGGGACAGUUCUGCUAGAGUAUGGAAUGUAAACACUCCACAAAUGUCACCUAUUAUUCUAAAAGGUCAUCAAGCUGCUGUUUGGGCAGCAUUGGAGCUUAAAAAUGCUACCUUUGCGACAGCUUCUGCAGACAAAAGUAUUAAAUUGUGGAGGAAAGAUGGAGCACUAAUAAGUACACUUACAGGUCACACAGAUUGUGUUCGAGGGCUAGCAGUAGCGAGUGAUGAAACAUUCCUGAGCUGUGCAAAUGACGCUUCUAUUAGACUAUGGACUAAUAAAGGAGAAUGUCUUAACACUUAUUAUGGUCAUACUAAUUACAUUUAUAGUAUCUGUAUGAAUCCAAGCAUGCCACAAGGGUUUGUGAGCUCUGGUGAAGACGGUGCAGUCCGCGUGUGGGCGGCCGGCGACUGCGUGCGGGAAAUACGCCUGCCUGCACACUCUGUGUGGAGCAUCACUUGCCUCGACAACGGAGACAUAGUCACUGGUUCCAGUGAUGGCUUAGUACGUGUCUUCACGAUAGAUCCAUCGAGAUAUGCUGAUGAAGCAGCAGUCAAGCAAUUUGAAGAUGAGGUACAAAAGAUGCAAGCUGCCUCCCAGCAAGAAAUUGGAGGUUUUAAACUGUCCGAGCUACCAGGUCCCGAAGCAUUAUUAGAACCAGGCAAAUCUGAUGGUCAAACAAAACUGGUCCGUCGCGGUGCUAAUGUAAAGUGCUACUCGUGGAGUAGUGCGGAAAACACGUGGAAUGAAAUUGGCGAUGUGAUGGGAGCUCAACCCCCUAGUGAAGGCAAGACUUCUUAUCAAGGCAAGGAAUAUGAUUUCGUUUUUAGUGUCGACAUCAAAGAUGGCGCUCCACCUCUCAAGCUGCCUUUUAACAAGACUGAAGACCCGUGGGUGGCCGCUCAGACAUUUAUACACAAACAUGAUCUACCUCAGGUAUAUUUGGAGCAAGUUGCUAAUUUUAUCAUUACAAAUGCAAAAUUAGAUUCUUUACCCGCCUCAAAUAAUGGGUUCGCAGACCCGUUCACAGGCGAAGCCCGCUAUGUACCGGGCACUGCUCCACCUCGCCAACAAGGUGGAGCCCCUACCCCUGCUAAUCUGACCGCUGCAGACCCCUUCACCGGCUCUGCAGCUUACACCACUGCUGCUAGUACUGAUGAGAAACCCCUCGUGCCUCACGACUCUUACAUUAGAUUUGAUCAAGCCAACUUAAAUGCAAUUCACAAUAAAUUGAAAGAAUUUAAUAGUAAAGUAGGUGACGGACUGAACGCAUUUACUGACGAACAACUAGAAAAUAUUGUUAAAUUAGGUGAAUUGAAUUGUACAUUUAAUCCUGAAACUGUAACUCUGCUGAAGAAAAUGUUGGAGUGGCCAAAAGAGAUACUGUUUCCUGUCCUGGAUAUAACCAGACUAGCAGUUAGGAACAAAGAAAUAAAUGGACAAAUAUUUGAUACGAACUAUGGACCUAACUUUGUUAAAUAUCUCCUAUCUCUACUAACUCCAGAUAACCUGCCGGCCAAUCAAAUGCUUGCAAUGAGAGUGUUGGUAAAUGCCUUCAGUGAUCUCCCCGGGGAAAUGCUAGUACUAGCUGCUAGAGAGAGCGUCACUCACGCUAUUAUAUGCCUCAAUCAACUUAAUAAUAAUACUCAGAUUGCAGCGACGUCGUUACUGCUAAAUCUGUCAGUAGCACUUGCCCAACAAACCGACAGCGUAGAUAUCGCCGAAUGCAUCAUUAGUUUGUUAAAUAGAAUCAAUGACAAGGAAGCUUACUUCAGGGGCUUGGUGGCGCUCGGGACUAUAUUAGCUGAAUCACCGAACAAGAUUGUUAUACAAACGAAAAUCGUAACAAACAUCCAACUACAGAACAGACUUAAAACGGACAGCUCAACUAUCGACCCUAACUUCAAAAAGAUAUCCGUUUGCUCUCUACAGAUACUGAGAAUGUUAUGAACUUAGAGUGAUACUUAUUAUAAAGGCUGGUUAUUUAUUACUUCAUGUAUGAAAAAUACAAAUAAAAACGUAGACUGCUACAGAGCAACAGUGUUAUAAAUUGUUUUUAGUAAUUAAUAUAAAACAAAAAGAAGUGAUCCUUAUAACAAUAGAAAUAAGACUGCAAUAAUAUGUUUGAAAUAAUUUCAAUAAAUAUAUUGAUCUUUCGAAAAUGUA